AUCAACCUCAAAACCAUUGUGAACCCCGUUUUACCUAUAAGUGAUGUAUUACAAUGUAAUCUAAUUCAGCUUUCUCUUCCAAUUCCCUCCUCACAGCGUGCUAUCGGGACGCACGUAUCUCGACAUACCACUUUUACAAUAUAGUGCAAAUCCUGCGCAACACCUCAUCAUAACUAAUUGCUACAACGACUGGAUAGGAGCAAUACGGUGUUUAGGGGCACAUUUUUAGGCUUAGGGCUCACCAAAAAUGGUUCGGAAUAUAAUUGUGAAGCUGAAAAAGCCGCAAAAAGUAUAUUGAUGGCCUCUUCCGUUCAUUGGGCUUUACAUUGUAUGACCAGUUCGUUGAUGACGUUACAUGCUCUGGGACAGCUGUUUCCAUUAUAACAUUAACUGUCCAAUAAUGAGGGGUAUAUCGUGUACUGAUCGAGGUAAUCCUGGUAAUCUGGUCGAAGAGCAGGAUGUGUACUAGAUCAGAACUGAUGGACUGCGAAGCCGCAGGAUACGCUGGCGAUUAAUUAUUCGUUAAUCUAUGUUGAAUCAACCUUGGGAGUGAUGCCGGCUGAGACAAGGCAAGGGGGACAAACUGGAAUGACGAGCGCUCUGUGAAUGGACUGUUAAAUUUCCAUGUGACGGAAAUAUAGUUUAAUACUUAAAGACUGAGUGAUACCAAAGAUGAGCUGGCAAGAGACUCGCCUGUAUAAUUCUUCCACUUAACAUUCAUACUCAAUCCAAACUUUACGAUUUCCGGGAGUUACAGACGCGUCUUUUCCACGGUCAUAUUCCCUGCUACGUCUAAGGUUAGUCUCAAGCAUUGAGUGAUAUUGGAUAUCAACUAAAGAUUGAGUUUCUUAGAAUACAUCAUGGCAUUGACAGCUCAAGACUACCUCCCUGACCUGGUUCAUAAGGGUCAGUGUCCGCCCGAAGAAGAUCGAUUUGAGGGAGCAGACCCUGUGAUGGAUUUGGAUUCAGCAUCUAAACACUAUCUUUCCGACCUACUUCGUAGCGAGCGUCCACUGGUGUCAAACAUGGACACACUUGAUUAUCUCAGUCAAAGGGAAGACCCUAAUAUUAAGCCUUUCUCGCUUCUCAGCCCCGAACAAGACCAUGACGAAAUUCGACGACAAAUGCCAUCAAAUGCGAACUUUGUUGAUGCCUACCCGUGCACAGCUCUUCAGGAAGGACUGCUGGCGUUGUCAAUGAAACGAUGUGGCAGCUUUACUCCUCAGAUUAUAUGCAAGCUUCCAGCAAACAUUGAUCUGACUAAGUUUAAGGCCGCUUGGCAGGCUACAGUGGAUUCAAAUUCGACACUUCGAACCAGUUUUGUACAAACAAGAAAUUCAGGCCUGCUCCAAGUGGUUUUGGCGCUAGAACCAAUAAUUUGGUCAGAAGAUGUCAACCUAGAAGGUUACUUGAGUAGAGACCAAAAGAUCUUCCCUUCAUUUGGAAAGAAUUUAUUGAGAUACGGCCUCAUCCACAACCGUCAAUCCAAUUGUACGUAUUUUGUUUGGACGUUUCAUCAUGCUAUUCUUGAUGGAUGGAGCAUGCGUUUGAUCCUUCGACAAGUCGAGCAAUCAUAUAGAGGAGGGAAUUUUGAACCGCUGGAAGACUUCAAGCGCUUUAUUGCCUAUCAAUUGCGACUCGAGAGACAGUCACGGAAAGAGAGUGAGGUAUUCUGGAGAAACCACCUGGCAACCACUUCUGGAAUACAGUUUCCUGCUGUUUCAUCGCAGCAGCAAUCACGUGCGAAUGGCUAUUCCGAACGGUUUAUUCACGUGAAAGAAAACCUUUUGGCUGGUGCAACAACCUCCACAAUCAUACAAGCCGCAUGGGCUAUGCUAUUAGCACGACGUACUGCUGCAACGGAAGCUAUUUUUGGUCUCGUCCUUGCGGGACGGAGUUCGAAAAUUUCAGGUCUCGAUCUAAGAAAAGUCAACGGUCCAACAUUCAAUUCGUUGCCCAUGCGAGUAGUCAUCCAAGAUAAUAAAUCUGCAAAAGAACUUUUCGCCUCAGUCCACAAUUCUCGAGUCGCAAUGAAACCACAUCAGUAUGUUGGCCUGCAAAACAUCCGCAAACUAGACGCGGAUUGCGCUAGAGCGUGCAGUUUCCAGAAUCUACUCGUCAUUCAGCCCAGAUUAGAGAGAGAUCUUGGCAGUAUAUUCGGCGCCAGAGAGAAUACUAAUGAUCACUGGGCGAAGCUAAAUGCUUAUCCUUUAAUGAUGCAAUGUGAUCUGAUGGCGGAUGGCUUUACUGCAAUGACCAGUUAUGAUUCCCACAUAAUAUCUGAUCGCGAAGUAGACACUUUGCUUCAACAAUUUGAUAACAUCAUUUCUCGCUUGUCCGAUGCAAGCACGUUGGUUGGGAAUAUAGGGCUAUCAAUAUCGAAAAUACCAAGCCAACUAGCAAUUCAGGAAACUGGAGCCGAAGAGGUGCAGUCUUGCGUUCAUGAGGUUAUUCAACAGAAGUCGCAGAACCGUGAAGCUGAAUUAGCGGUUACAUCUUGGGAUGGAGAGUUGACUCAUGCUCAAUUACACUCCAUAUCUGAUCGUCUAGCAUAUCUUCUCCAAUCUGCAGGAGUCGGACCUGAAGUCAAGGUUGCACUGAUUUUUGAAAAAUCUAUGUGGGCUAUAGUCGCCAUGAUGGCAGUGAUGAAGGCGGGCGGGGCUUUUGUACCUAUGAGCCCCGAUCAUCCUGAAAGGAGAAUCAGAAAAUUGGUAAAGCAAAUAGGUGGAACAGUGAUGCUAUGCUCAGAAAGUCUCUUUCACUCCUUUAAGAGCUUCGCUGACCAAACAUUUGCCGUGGGAAAAUCGAUGCUCGAAACCCUUCCCCAAGGUUCGUUGCGUACGGUUGUCCAGCCCAAAAAUUCUGUCUAUAUUAUCUUCACUUCCGGAAGCACAGGAGAACCGAAGGGAUGCGUGAUAGAGCACGCCACAUGCUGCACUACCAUGCGUCACCUAUCUCGUUUCGCCAAAAUGGAUACCCGCAGUCGCUGUCUUCAGUUAUCAGCAUACACUUUUGAUGGCAUGGUUUUCGAAAUUCUUACUACUUUGAGUGUUGGAGGCGUCGUUUGCAUACCAUCGGAUGAAGAGAAAAUGAACAACAUUACAUCGGCAAUAAACCGAAUGCAAGUCAAUACAGCAUUUAUGACAACUGCUUUUGGAAGAUUGAUUCUUCCAGAAUCUGUGCCGACGUUGAAGACUCUCCUUAUCGGAGGUGAAAAGUUGAUCCAAGAAGACCUAGAUCGAUGGCUUGGAAAAUUACGGCUGUUGCAAGUUUAUGGACCUACGGAAUGCUGUUGUAAGCUCUUUAAUAUUACACUCCAUCCUGUCUUCAAAUCUACAUCAAUUCCUCAUCUUCUAGAUCCUGCACACUUCCUCGUAUGGCUUUGGUCCCUUGAUUUUUCGCUGAAAUCAUUCUGGAUACUAACUCUUUGAUGUUGCAGGUAUGUGUAUUGGUACUGAAAUCACUGACAAAGGUGUCAAUCCCGCCAGAAUUGGGUCCGGUUUUAUUGGAGGUUUUCUUGUCCUUGGCGAGAACGAUCAAUUGGCGCAGCGAGGGGCUGCUGGUGAGUUAUUGAUUGGUGGGCCCCUCGCAAGAGAAUAUCUAAAAAACCAGGAAAAGACGGAAGCAUCGUUUGUGCCUACGCCGUCCAGUGUCCCUACGGGAUCUACCCGGUGGAAAAGAUGGUAUAGAACAGGUGACUUGGUCAAGAUGGAUUCGGAUGGGUCAAUCAUGUAUAUUGCGCGAAAAGAUGCGGUGCGUACUAUCUCUUUUUCUGUCAUACCUAUUCUGCUCCAGUCAUCUCAACAGCUUGGUCAUUCCUGUGAAGGAGAUAUCGCCCUCAUGCUCAUACGUCACUAGACGUUUGAUGCUUUACAGUCCUUCUUAUUCGGCCUGAAUUUCCUUCUAUCUGCAUUCAUGUUUUAUAAAUAUGUUAUUGAUUGAUCUCGAGAGUUCCAAAAAUAGCGUAUACUAACUAUGACCCAGGGUGCACAGGUCAAGCUAAAUGGUCAAAGAAUUGAGAUGGGUGAAAUUGAAACUCAUCUGCAUCAAAAUCUUGACAACAUCAUAGAUCUUGCAACGGUGAUAGCAACGCCUGUCGAUGGCAGAUCGCCAUUUCUAGCAGCAUUUUUGUGUCUUAAAGAUGGAUUUAACAGCAAGGGAAAAGAAGAAGGCUGUCUUUUCAAAGAAUGUCUCGAUAAAUCUAAGAUCCGAUCACUCAUUGACCGCUUGAGUCUCACGCUACCUCAGUACAUGAUACCAAAAGUAUACAUUCCUUUAUCAUCAAUACCCCUUACUAUCUCUCAGAAGUGUGACCGCCAAAAACUGCAGACUCUGGCAGCCGGCUUAACGACUUCAGAAUUUGCAUAUUAUUCAGGCCAAGAGGCUACGCACUGUGCUCCUUUGACAGAGAAUGAACUCCAAAUGCAGCGUCUGUGGUCCGUUAUUUUAAAACUUCCUUCAGGUAGUAUAGGAAGAAACGAUAGUUUUACAAGACUCGGUGGAGACUCGAUUCUUGCUAUGAAGCUCGUCGCGGCGGCGCGAGAAGAGGGCAUUGAUCUGACUGUUGCAACCAUAUUCCAGACACCAAUCCUAUCAGAUCUUGCAGAAAGCUUCACAGGUAGUAAUAGUUCCACAAUUAUUGCGCAGGAUGACAUAGAGGCAUUUUCUAUGAUUGGCGAGGGUAAUCAGCUGCUAAAGGCAACCAUUGAUGGUGGUCUCAAGACAGGUCAUGUCGAAGACUUGUACCCAUGCACUCCUUUUCAAGAAGCCAUCAUGGCUCUCUCAAUGAGUCAUCCUGGUACGUACAUUGCACAACAUGUCUUUGAAUUAUCCAAGGAUCUAUACUCUAAUAUCGACAAGUUUCGCGGUGCGUGGAACGAAGUCGUGCGUUCAAGCCCAAUUCUUCGUACGCGUAUCAUACAGCAUGAAUCUUCCGGUCUAUUGCAGAUGGUUAUGAGCGAAGAUGUCUUGUGGAACACGGGAGACAAUCUCCAACGAUAUUUGGAAUCCGAUAAAUCUCUUGCCAUGGGCUUAGGAACUCCACUCAGUCGUUUCUGCAUCGUUGAAGAGACGAACGCACAUUCUCACAAAUAUUUCUUCGUCCUUACCUUACACCACGCCGUAUACGAUGCUUGGAGUAUAAACUUGAUGCUUCAGCAGGUGGAAAAAGAAUAUGGGAUGCUCACUCAAAUAUCUACGAACGUUGUCGACUUCAAUCAACCUCGAAAUGUACCAUUCAACCGAUUUAUCAAAACUGUUCUCGAUUUGGAUCAAUCAGCAGCAGAAGUAUUUUGGAGAUCCGAGUUCACGAGUGAAGGUGUGGCACCUUCACAUUUUCCAACCAUCAAAGCUGGGUACCAUCCACAGCCCGGUUCAGUAGCCAUUAGAGAUGUCAAGCUGUCUCGAAAAGCCAAUUCUGACUUCCGAAUCUCGAAUCUUAUCCGGACAGCUUGGGCAAUUGCGAUCAGUAACUACUCUAACUCGAAUGAUAUCGUGUUUGGAGAAGUUCUGGCAGGACGUACAGGAUCGUCGGCCGACCUAACUAGAGUAGUCGGGCCCACCCUAGCUACCGUGCCGGUAAGUAAUUUUUCAUGUUCUACGUUUUUAAGAAAAGCUUUCAAGAUUGAAUAGAGCAUUUGGUUCUCAUGUGUUGAGAUAGAAUCCCAUAGUCUCGGUCACAUGAGUUACAUGCGCUUUUUUUUUUUAUCUCUUGCGGCAUUUGCACUGACUUUAUUAUUCUAUAGGUCAAAAUCACAUUGAAUCCCCACGAAUCGGCCCUAGACCUACUUCAAAAGGUUCAAACUAAAAUGAUGAAAAUGAUGCCAUUCGAACAGAUUGGUCUCGCAAACAUCCAACGAAUGGGAGGAGGGCUGAAGAAGGCGUGCGGAUUUCAGAAUAUUUUGGUCAUACAACCCAGGGAAAAUUCAGCCAUUGAUGACUCGUUCAUGGGACGACGCCAACUGGAUCUCGUAAACGCAACUGUUUGGGACACAAAUGCUUUGACUCUCGAGUGUUAUCUUACUUCAGAUGGGCUGAAGGCAAAAGCAAUCUUUGACUCGGAAAUUAUUGAAACUCCGCAGAUGGAUAGGAUACUAUCCCAAUUCCAGCAUGUCCUUCAACAAUUGUGCCAUGAAGAUGAGGGCAAGAGUGUCCAGGAUAUCAAUUCCAUCAGCGAAGUUGACCUACAAAAUAUCUGGGAAUGGAACUCUAAGUUACCAGAUGUAUUGAAGUGUUGCGUCCACGAAGUCAUUGACGUCAUGACGAAGCAAGAUCCUCAUUCCCCAGCAAUUUCCUCUUGGGAUGGUGAUUUGACUCGCGAUGAGUUGGAUAAACUUUCAUCUCGACUAGCUUCUCAAAUGAUAAAACACGGGGUAGGGCCCGGAAGCAAGGUACCAUUAUUCUUCACGAAAUCAAAGUGGGCUAUCGUGGCUACAUUGGCCACUAUCAAGUCUGGUGCUGCGUUUGUACCCUGCGACCCUUACCAUCCUAGAUCACGCCUCAUUUCACUUAUCGAACAAGUCAAAGCUGAAUUGAUUCUCUGCUCAAGCGACGUCCAACAAUUGUGCUUAGAAUUGUUCCCUGGUGGUAAAACAGUUGUAGUUUCGAAGAACGAGAUAAAUCUGUUGCCAGUGCUGACGGAUAUUGUGAGCAAUGUCGCCCCUGAAGACCCUCUCUAUAUUUGCUUCACUUCAGGUACUACCGGGAUUCCCAAAGGUACAGUGGUGAACCAUGAAGCAUAUUGCUCAGGCGCAAGAGAUCAUGGUAAAGCGCUUCAAUUCAGCCCCACAUCUCGAUUUCUUCAAUUCGCUUCAUAUAGCUUCGAUACUUCUAUUGAGGAUAUUCUAACGACACUUAUGACUGGAGGCUGUCUUUGCAUACCAUCUGGUAAGUACUCUUGAUCAUUCCUUGAUUUACAGGCAACUAAGCUAACUAAUAAAUUUGUAGAGGAGGAAAGAAAUUCAGAUAUCGUCGGAGCGAUAGCUAGGAUGAAUGUUAACACAGCGGAUCUUACACCAUCCUAUAUAAGCUCGAUUUCGCCCGACUCAGUUCCGUCGCUGAAAAGAGUGACACUUGGUGGAGAGCCCAUCACUGCUAAUGUUAUUAAGAAUUGGGCUGAUCGUGUUCAUUUGAUUAAUGCUUUUGGAACUACCGAAUGUUGCGUGUAAGUUUAAUUUUCAUUUUCGCAGGAAAUCAGUAAGAAACUAUAAUCCUGAUCCUUCGUUCUCUUCACUGCUGCGCCCAUUGCAAUGAAACGACUUCCCCUAUAAUAUUAUACGAAUACUGACUGAAUCCCCCUCUAGAACAAGUGUAGUAAACUCAGAGAUCUCUACAAGUACCUCGCCUACAAAUAUCGGACGUGGAGCUGGUGCAAUCACUUGGAUCGUAGAUGUCGACGAUUCCAACCGUCUUCUACCUAUCGGUGCCAUUGGUGAAUUACUGAUUGAAUCACCAGCAAUGGCUUCAGGAUAUCUCGACGACGAAGCAAAAACUAAAGCUGUUUUCGUCGGUAGUCCUAGCUGGGCUCGGAAUUCUAGCUCGAGCCAACGUCCUGCGCGUUUAUACAAAACAGGUGAUCUUGCUCAAUACAAUUCUGAUGGCACGAUCAGUUACCUCGGUCGAAAGGACACUCGAAUCAAACUUCGUGGACUUCGUAUAGAAAUUGCGGACGUGGAGCAUCAUCUCCUCAGUCAUCCCCAGGUCAGAAAAGCUAUGGUCGUAUUGCCUACUUCGGGGCCAUAUGCAGAUCAGCUGACGGCAAUUAUCGAACUUGAAAUUCCAACCCGUUUUGAGAAGAACAGCGGUAUAGCGGUCGUCCCUCACUUGGAACUCGAAGCUUCCGGGUUGAAAUGGUCCAGCAUUGCCAAUCAUCUACUAGAAAAUUUACCGAGUUAUAUGGUUCCUUCUUCCUGGAUUGCUAUGAAAACCAUACCACUUCAUACCUCGGGAAAACUGGACCGUCCUAGACUAACUAAGUGGCUCACUAGUCUUCCGUUGAUCCAAAGAGCAGAGACUUAUCCUAAAAGUAGCGAAGCACCUUUGAUAUCAUCAGACGACCAUAUUUCAUUGGAACUUAGCGACAAGAUUGCAGAACUAAUCACCAAAAAGCUGUCUUCCCAUAUCAAUUCUGAUAUCUUAGGGCGUGAUAUCAACUUGGCAUCUGUUGGGAUAGACUCAAUCAAAAUUAUGUCACUGGCAGCUUUUAUCAAACGAUCGUAUGGGGUUAGCAUAGCUAUUCCAAUGCUCAUCAACCAUCAAACAACAAUCUCGGACGUUUCGAAGCAUAUUCGCGCUGCGGCCAAACUUAAAUAUAGUGAUCCGAUAGCUGCAGCUCCUACUGUAGAUUUGAUGAAAGAGAUUUCACAUUUGGAUACACAAUUAUCCUCGAUUCAGCAUCACUUUGGAGUUGUUUUCUUGACAGGCGCAAGUGGCUUUCUUGGUACACAAAUCCUUCGACAACUUCUUGGAAGACCUGGAGUCGAGAAGGCCAUUGUACAUGUGCGCGCUUCAAAUGACAAAAUUGGCAAAGAGCGGAUUAUAGCAGCAGCCAAAUCUGCGAGAUGGUGGAAUGACUCUCUCGCCACUAAACUCGAGAUCUGGACCGGCGAUCUAGCCAAACCAAUGCUAGGCUUGAGCCCUGAACAAUGGCAAGAAUUGAGCACAGUCGAUGCGAUUAUCCAUAAUGGAGCUUCAGUGCACUGGAAUUCGGAUUAUCACACUCUCAAAGCUGCCAACGUCACAUCCACUUUUGACCUUCUAAAGAAUAUUUCCGGAACUAUUUCGCCUCCGAAAUUUGUUUACGUAUCUGGAGGUCGUGAUUUUGGAGGAGAAACGGAUGAUAGUACUACCGCUAAGAAAUUGAACGGGCUUGACGGUUACAGUCAGACGAAAUUCGUUUCAGAGCUACUGGUAAGAAACUUUGCGCAACGAGCCACUUCUGCUACCCAAGCCAACCAUGUUUCCAUCGUCAAGCCGGGAUUGAUAAUUGGCACGACACGGGAAGGAGUUGCCAAUACCACUGACUUCCUAUGGAGAUAUGUUGCCGGCGCGGUAAACAUUGGUGCAUACCCUAUCCCUGGCAAAAACGACUGGUUAACGGUAGCACAUGCCGAUCUCGUCGCUGACUCUACCAUUAAUGCCCUAUUGCAUACUCCCAAGAAUUCAAGUUACACCUUGGACAUAACCAGCGGAAUCGAUAUGCAGAACUUCUGGAAUAUUGUUAAUAAACAUAUGGGACUGCGACUUCGACCAAUUACAUCAUAUGAGUAGGCUCAAUUGGUACAAAAGGAUCUCGAGAAGCGGACCGAGGCGCAUCCGCUCUGGCCAGUUGCUCAUCUUAUUACCAAGGAAGGAAAUUUGGGGAAGGAUAGGAGGCCCAGGGAAUUGGAUGUGUUGGUGGAGAAAGAGGUAGAGGAGGCGAUUGCGAAGAAUGUAGAAUUUUUGAUGGAGAUUGGAUAUUUUGGUGAUGAGGGAAUGGGGAUUUGACGAAGUGGUAAUGAAGGUUUCAUGGGAAAUAAUGGGUGAAGUUUUGUUUGGGCUUCAAGCGUUUGGUUAUUUAGUACCAUCUUUAUAUAAGGAUCUUUUUCAUUCCCUCAUAGUUGCAUGCAUUCAUAGUUCUAAUGAAAUCGUUACGCGAACUUGAA